AUGGUGGGCACGGGAAGCUCGGAAGUCUUCAAGAAGGCAACAAUGUAUCGUGAGGGCAGCGAAGCAGCCGUUCCCUACCAGCCAGCGAUACAGCACAAUGGAGUGCUCCCUUGCUCUCUGGGUGACGCCCUCUCAACUCUGGAAGCGAGGACUGUUGCUCCCGAGGAGGUCUCACGGAAGUGCUUGGAAGUUGUGACUUCGAUGAUGCAGGUGGACAUGACGCUCAAGGCUCGCAGCUUCGCGAGCUACCUCGCUUCGCACUUGGCCUUUGUUGUGUGGCUACUCUGGGUGUUCACUCCCGAUGAGCGGUUACAAAGUUGGGGCAUCACCUACUAUCCAGAUCGGUGGUGGGGAGUGGCACUUCCCGUUUACGUGAUUCCAUUGGCCAUCUUCGUGUUCCUGACCUACAAUGCCUUGAACAUGCUUUCGGCUUGCCCGCUGGACUCCGUGAACAUGUACCGGGAUGCCAGCACUCCCCUUACAGACGAGCUUUUCGCAACAGCUGGUGACAUCCCCGACUUACAGGACGUGUCCCUCUCGACUGUGAACCGAAAUACCGUCUUACAGCGAUGCGGAUCUAUCCAAGCGAACUAA